AGAAGUGUCUCCAAGUCUUCUGGACCCAUCGAUGGCCGUCGCCUCGACGCCGCUCGUCGCGGCACCAUCGUGCCCGGCCUGGGCGAAGCAUCGUCGCGGGCGCCAGCCGCAGUUCGACGGCAAGCCGUGCGAGCCUGCCGAGGAGGAGGACAUGUGGCUGUGCCUGGCCGACGGCCGCGCGCGCAGCACCGCCGACCUGAAGCGCCUGGCGACAGCCGCUCGGGUGCGAGCGAAACGAGCAGGAGAUGCAGCCGCCGCGAACACGCGCGAUCGGCAGGCGCGCGACCAGCGCCGCCGGCAGCGUGAGCAGCACGACCGGCGCGCAGCGCCGGCGGUCGCCAAGACCGUGCGCCCACAACGCGGCCAGUGCGGCUGCCCGGCGCACGCGGUGUGCGGCAUGUGCGUCGACCAGGGCAAGCUCGCCGCGGCCGAGCAGGCGGCCAUCGACCUGCCUGGAGACGCGCUUCCACGCCUCGACGAACGUCGUCAUGGACCUGGAGCGGCCCGAGGACGAGACGGCGGCGCUGCUGCAGCGCUGCGUGCACGUCUCCGACGAGACGAAGGAAAAGGAGUUGCGGUGUUGAUCGCCGCGGGAGCCCUCUUAU